UUACAAUCAAAGUUUUAUCUCUUCAUAGCCAUGGGUUUGAGCAAUUUCAAUGGCAUUGCCUUAGUUUCCUUGUGUUUUGUUAUAAUGUUCGUCGCCGUUUCAGGACGGCCCGCGACAUUCCUUGAGGACUUUAGGGUCACGUGGGCGGAUAACCAUGUUAGGCAACUUGACGGUGGAAGGGGAAUUCAACUCGUUCUCGACCAAAGUUCAGGAUGUGGGUUUGCUUCAAAACGUCAAUACUUGUUCGGAAAAGUGAGUAUGAAGAUCAAACUCGUCCCUGGUGACUCUGCGGGAACAGUCACUGCCUUUUACAUGAACUCAGACACAGACACCAUACGUGAUGAAUUAGACUUUGAAUUCUUGGGAAAUAGGACAGGACAACCUUAUACAGUUCAAACAAACAUCUAUGCUCAUGGAAAGGGGGACAGAGAGCAAAGAGUGAACCUUUGGUUCGACCCUGCAGCUGAUUUUCAUACUUAUUCAAUUAUGUGGACUCAUUCGAUAAUCAUCUUCGCAGUGGAUGAGAUCCCCAUAAGGGUAUACAAGAACAACGAAGCCAAAGGGAUCCCAUACCCAAAGCAACAGCCAAUGGGAGUGUAUUCGACGCUAUGGGAAGCCGACGACUGGGCCACAAGAGGUGGGUUGGAGAAAAUUGAUUGGAGGAAAGCCCCAUUCUAUGCUUAUUACAAAGACUUCGACAUUGAGGGAUGCCCUGUCCCAGGGCCAUCGAGCUGCCCCUCGAACCCCUACAACUGGUGGGAAGGGCCUGCCUACAGGGCACUAAGCCCUACGCAAGCCAAGAACUACCAAUGGGUGAAAGCCAAUCACAUGAUCUAUGACUAUUGCACCGACAAAUCUCGUUACCCUCAAACCCCAAAGGAGUGUGCUUUGGACAAUCUAUGAAGCAUGAUGGACUUAACAUAAUUACGUAUAUAUAUUUCAAACAUUUGGGUGUGUAUCUGCUACAUAUAAUAUAUCGGUCCCUUUUUAUAUAUUGCGUUUUAUAAAAUUAAAGAUUUGAUAUUUUAUUUUGGG